AUGCCAAAAGACAAAUUUUUGAUUUCUGAAUCAGGGGAUGAUGAAACAAGCACUCCACGAGAGAGAGUGAGCGAUCAUGAUGAUGAUGGAGAAGGUUCCUCUGAAAUAACAACAUCGGAAAAUGAUGAUGACGAAUCCAAUGUGUCAUGGAUAGACAGCUCUUCAUCGGAAGAGGAAUCAUUCAAAAAGAAGAAGAAAAAGAAACGCAAGUUGAAAGAGAUGAAAUUGAAAAACAAAACAUUGGACUUUUCAUUAUUCAUGUCCCGAAUCACAAAUUUGAAAAUUGAUUAUCAAUGUUUUAAUGAUUUGAAACUCACACAAAAUAAUCCGGCUCCAAAAUACAUGUUGGAUUCGUGUAAACUGAAAAAUCAUCAAUGGGAAGGCGUGUCUUGGCUGAAAUCUCUACUAAUCGAUCAUGAGACUUCUGGAAUACUUGGUGAUGAUAUGGGUCUCGGAAAGACUGUGCAAGUGAUUGCAUUCAUAGCAUAUGUUAUGGAGCUAACGGACGCAUCGCCAAACAUUGAAAGAAAACCUUUUUUAAUUGUCACUCCUCUGUCACUUGUUGAGAAUUGGUGUUUGGAGUUUAAAAAAUUUGGUGGUGACAAUAUCAAAAUAUUGAGAUAUAUUGGAACUCAAGAAGAACGCUCAAAAUUACAAACCAAUGUUGAAGGAGAUUUUGAAAAUUCAGGAAAUGUUCCUUUUGAUGUGGUUGUUACAUCAUAUGAAAUGAUACUGAAUGAUGAAAAUUUUCUUGGACAAUUCAACUACAAAUUAUUGUGCAUAGAUGAGGCUCAUAGACUCAAGAAUCCUAAAUCUCAACUGUACAAAAUGCUUCAACAGGUUUAUAACUGGGAAAGAGCUAUUCUAAUGAGUGGCACUCCGUUGAUGAACUCAAUGCAUGAAUUAUGGGCCUUACUUCAUUUUGCUGCUCCUCAGUUCUUUGAUCAUGACUAUGAUACAUUCGAAAGCUGGUUUCCUCAACAAUGCUUUUUAUCAAAAUCACGACUCAAGAAGAGUGUUUCGGCAACUCAGCCAAGCUUGGAUGAGUCCGAUGAUGUGCUUUCUGUUGACGCAGAUCAAGUUCGAAAAAAUUUCCACCUCAUGCUAAAACCAUUUUUACUGAGACGUACUAAAAAUCAAGUGUUGAAGGAUGACCUUCCACCAAAGAAGGAACACAUUAUUUAUACACGUUUAACAAGCAUGCAAAAAAAGUACUACAAAUCAUUCCUCCUCAAAGAUAGACAAACAAUUGGAAAAAAGAAUGUCAAAGGUCUGAACAACAUUCUCAUGAGUUUAAGAAAAUGCUGCAAUCAUCCAUACUUAUUUGAAGGAGCAGAACCAGAACCAUUUGUGGAAGGUGAACACAUUGUCAAUAAUAGUGGAAAAAUGAUAAUACUUGACAAGCUGUUGAAGAAGCUCAAGAAAGAAGGCCAUCGUCUAUUGAUCUUUUCUCAAAUGACCUCAAUGUUAGAUAUCUUGCAAGAUUAUUUUCAUUUCAGAAAAUGGAAUUAUGAGAGACUGGAUGGAAGCGUUAGAGGAGAGGAACGAUUUAAUGCCAUUGCCAACUUUUCUGAUAAUGAUGUAUUUGCCUUUCUAUUAUCAACAAGAGCUGGUGGUGUUGGACUGAAUUUGACAAGUGCAGACACAGUUAUAUUUACCGAUAUGGAUAUGAAUCCUCAGCUUGAUUUUCAAGCUCAAUCCAGAUGUCAUAGAAUUGGGCAAGAUAAACCUGUGUCAGUUUAUCGGUUAGUGACAGAGAAUACAGUAGAGGAGGUAAUUUUGAGACGAUCCAUGAAAAAGAUUACCCUCUCAGUCAAUACUGUAGACACUGCAUCUGCUGCCUCGAAUUCAUUCGAGUCCAACUCUGAUGACAAGUUAUCCACGGACACUAUUAUUGAAAUGUUAACAUUUGGACUUCACAAAAUCAUGAAUUCAUCUUCCACUGAGGAUGAUCAUGAUGUGGAUCAAGCACUAUUGGAACUUUCAAUCGAUGACCUACUGGAUGACAAAAAUUCAGCCCAUUCUUCAGGAAGACUUAGUCUUACAUUGGAUGAGGCAGCCGAAUCGUUUAAUAACAAUGGAGAAACCAAUACCGAAUCCAUCUACAUGUAUGAAGGUGUUGAUUAUCAACAAAAACCCUCCAAAAUUAUUUCUUCAAAACCCAUUGGAGAGACACAGACCAAUGAAAAGGAUGUCCAAGUCUUGAAGAAUAUUUUGGAAGAAGUUGGGUUGGAUCUAUCACAACUAACAUCAGCACAAUCUACUGAUAGAAAAGGAGGAAAGAAAACUUGUGCUAAAAAGAGGAAAAAAGAAGUGAUAUCAUCAUCUUCCAGUAGCGAGGACAACAAUUUGUUACAAUCAUACUCCUCUGGAAAAGAUGAAGAAAAAUCAAUUCCAAUUUCCAGAAGAACUCGAUCUGCAACUAAAAAAUCAAGAAAGAAACGAAAAGUUCAAAACGAGGAAGAUGAAAAAUUUAACCAAGAAGAUGAAGAACCAACCUCUCCAACACUUAAUAGUAAUGAAAUUCACUAUGUCAAAGGAGAUGUCACUUCACCGGAAAGAUAUGAAAGUUCUGGAGCUCGGUUUAUUAUCAACUGCAUUUCUGAUUUUGGUCAAUAUCCAACCGCAGGAAUUUCAAAACAAAUUAUUACCAAAUAUUCAGACAAACCAAAAGUCAUUUAUGAGAAUGCUAUUGAACAAGGGGAAAUUUCUCUUGGCGACGCACAACUCAUUCCACUCAAGAAGAGCAAACAUGGUUCCACCUAUGUUGUGAAUGUAAUUGCACAACAUUAUGAGAAAUCAAAGGGUCAUGGUCCUUUGUUAACCAAUGCCCUUGAGGUUGCUCUCCACAAAGUUGCCUAUGCUGCAGUGACUAAUAAUGCAACAGUUCACAUGCCGCGAAUUGGAUUUGGAUUGCAAGGAUUUGAUUGGUAUUCGACUGAAAGAAUUCUUAAAAAGUGUUUACUGAAAGCAGGAAUCAAGACUUUUGUUUACUAUUUUGAUAGAAAUGCCAAUAGCAAUAAUCUGAAACAACCCAAGAAGGUGUUGUUACCAUCCACCAAGCGCCAAACAAGUGCUCCUGUCACUCCUCCACUUGAUAAUUCCCCUUCUCCGCAACAACCAGCAUCAAACAAAGCACUGGACGCGAAGGAUGAUCCACUCGAAUCCUUGAAUAUCUAUCUGUAUGGUAUGGAAAAUAAGAAUGAUAAGAAAUUGAAACGGUUAAUCACAAUUAAUGGAGGUAUUGUUGUAAAUUCAGUAACUAAUUUAGACAUGAUUAUUGUCAGUCAUCCAUUUUCUUUGGCUACUAAUGACAGCAAUGUCAUUAAGGAUGAAGAAAUUGAGGAUCAAGAAACCGUUCAAUUGAAAGAGUAUAUCAAACAACAUCCUUUGUGCCAAGUUGUGACUGUCUCAGAUAUUAUGGCGAUGAUUCAAUAA